AUGCGUCUUUUUCUUGUUUCAGUUGUUACAGGACAGAACGUAAAGAUAACCCAACUUCCGGAAUCCAUAUCGGUGAAAGCAGGAGAGACCAUCACUCUAGAGUGUACAGUGACUGGAGAUAAUUUACCUGGAAGCGUGCGGUGGUUCAAAGGGAGGGACAGAGAACAGGAAAUUUACAGUGAUAAACAAAGAGCAUCCAACAAGGUGGCCAGGGUCAUCCCAGGAUCCAACACGGACUUCAGCAUCAAGAUCCAAAACGUCCGUCCUGAAGAUGCCGGGACUUACUAUUGUAAUAUGUUUAAGACCGUGAGCCAAGGGAGCAUGCAGUUUGGAGGGAAAGGCACUCUGGUCUCCGUGAUCGCCAUGCCUGUGAUUAUUGGCCUCACAGGAAGAAUCACGGCGGGGUCUCGGGCCUCCUUCAACUGCUCCGCGGAGGGAUUCUUCCCCCGAGAGAUCACAGUCAUCUGGUUGAAGGAUGGGGAAGAAAUACCAGUUGCCCAGACCAACAUUGUGGGUUUUGAAAGAAAUGAGACCACCUUGUACCGAGUGGACAGCAUGGUGGAAAUCCCUCUCGGGCAAGAAAAUGUCAGCUCUCAGAUGACCUGCCAGAUCCAACACACAUCGUUGGACAGUCCUCUCCAGCAGACCUUCACACUUGGGGGUGUCCCAAGAG